ACUGCAAUGCAGGAAGUUAAUUUGGCACUUAAGGAGUGCGGAUUAGGUCUCUUCCACAUACGGCUGUUAUGUACAUCUUUCUUCGGGAUGGCAUCUGGAGUCGCUGUGUUGAACAGUACACCAUAUAUUUUACCCGUAGCGGAGUGCGACCUUAAUAUGAGUUUACUACAAAAAGGUGUUUUAAAUGCUAUGCCGUUUAUUGGUAUGGUAUUAAUAUCCGUGGUCGCAGGUUUUUUAACUGACAUAUUCGGUCGUAAAAAUUUUAUACUGGCCGGAUUUACUGGGCUCUUCAUAUUUACGGUUAUAAGUGGUACCAGCCAAACUUAUUUAGUGCUGGUCAUAUGCAAAUUCUUCGAAGGACUCUUAUCUGCCACCUCGUUCGCGCCUGUGAUAACGUUGACUUCUGAGUUUUGCCAUAGUGACAUCAGAGAUAGAGUGAUGCUGAUCCAGUCAUCGUUUGCGGCUAUCUCUCAAGUUGCAAUUGUUCUUAUGUCCUGGGCAAUACUGCCUCAGAACUGGGAGCAAACGUAUUUUAAUGGCACUAUAGUACUACACACUUGGAACUUUUACCUAUUCAUUAUGUCGUUAUGGUCUCUAACUGCUACUAUUCUAUACGCAUUUCUACCAGAGAGUCCAAAAUACUAUAUAACUCAGAAGCGAUAUGACGAGGCGAGGGAUAUACUCGUUAAAAUUUAUAAGCAAAAUACAGGAAAACCAGCCGAUACUUUUCCCUAUAAAAAUGUGUGGAAGGAGAGGAUAAAACAAGAAAUCGAAGAGUCAUCUGGGCCUUCCGCGAAGAACUGUGGGCAAAUGCUGUCGACUGGUGUCCAUAACAUUAAACCUCUUUUUCAAAAACCCCGUGGACUAUAUCUGAUACUUUUGUGUGCGCUGAAUUUUUUCUCCAUGCUGUUGUACAACGUUAUAAGGCUGUGGUUUCCUCAGCUAUCGACCAUCGUAGAACAUUACAGCAGCGCGGAAAAUCAAGACUUGUGCGCCAUGUUGGAUGCCUAUACCCAUGACUUGGGCGUUAGGACCUCUAAUGUUACAGUCACCGAAGUCUGCGUACCUACAGUCAGCGGAACAGAAACAUAUAUAAACAGCGUGAUACUGGGUACCGUAUGCAUAUUUCCGUACAUUGUCACCAGUGUGCUGGUAGGAAAAGUGGGGAAGAAGAAUCUGUACAUAGCUUGCUGUCUGAUUUCCGUUGGAGCCACCUUGGGACUGAGAUGGGCAAGCUCAAAAGUUGGCUUCGUUGCUCUGUUCUCUUUUGACGUGUCGAUAGCUCAAAUGGCGAAGAGCCUCAACCAAGCGUUAGUUGUGGAGAUAUUCCCAACCACUAUGAGAACUCUUUCGAUAGCAAUGGUCAUGACGAUAGGUCGAAUUGGAAGUGUGGUCGGAAACGUCUUGUUUCCAAUACUACUUGACAUGGGCUGUGCUGUACCUUUCUAUACCUUGGCAGUUACUAUGAUAGGCACUACAAUGCUGAGUUUAGUCAUACCAGUAAAGAAAAAGUGAUUUUCUUUUUUCUACCACCGAACUAACUUUUGCCUGCGACUUCAUUCCCGUGGAAUUUAACGCCUUGAAUAAAAAAAAUCCUACCUAUGUCACUUUGGGAAUUCCGAUUAACUCCCUUUGUAAUCAUCACGUCGAUAUGUUGCUUCGUUGCUGCGUGAAAGGAAAACCAACAAACUCUCAUUUGCAUUUAAAAUUUUGUGUUCCCAUCCCUUAUGUAAAUACCUCUUUUUGAAACUUUGCAUUUUUAAAUAUAAAAAAGUUAAACAUCUCUUAA